UCGGAGGCAGAUGAUGUAAUCCCCAGCAGGAGAGAGAGAGAGGCAGAGCCGGAGAACAGCCGCAACACACGGAUGGAUCUCGGCUUUCUGAACUCCAUUUAAAACAAUCAUCGGGUGAGUGAACGGUUCCGUGUUGUUGGAGGAGUCAUGCCGCGGAGGUUCGUCCCCUCCCGAGGAAGAGGAUGCUGCAUGCGGACCCGGAGCAGCACCGGCCGGGGAAACUGCUGCUGUAAUUAACCACCACGGCUCAGGAGGAGUCCUCUCCCGCAGCUGCUGCACCAUCCUCCGGGUGGAGAUGUCCCGCACUCCGUCGACGUCGGUCCGUCCUCGCUGGCUGUCGCCUGUUUCCGCCCGUGAUGACCGGAGGGCGGCGGCCCUGUGUGUGGAUCAUGUUAUCACCUCUGAUGCUUCUCAUAUGACAGUUUGAGCUGUUGUGGUUGCUUUUAUUUCGCAAUUACACCUGUUGGGGACAUUUUCCUGGCUUUACUCGCUUUUUACCGGUUUCCCUGCGGGGGAAUGAGCAGCCUCCACCCCCCCAGCAGCACACGCCGGCCCGCCGCUGCAGCUGCCCGCCGUGUGGCCCUGCUGUGACCGACCCCGUGUGGAAGUCCGGACAACCAGAAAACGUGGAGGGUGGGGGACGUUUGCCUUUCCAGCUCAGGUUUAAACCAUGGCCAAUGAACCUGUCAUCCUAAACGUGUAUGAUAUGUACUGGAUCAACGAGUACACUUCCAAUCUGGGCAUCGGAGUCUUCCACUCAGGCAUCGAGAUUUAUGGCAGAGAGUUUGCAUACGGGGGCCAUCCGUACCCGUUCAGCGGCAUCUUUGAGAUCAAUCCCGGGAACGCCACUGAGCUGGGAGAGACAUUCAAAUUCAAGGAGGCCAUCGCUCUGGGCACCACAGACUUCACUGAGGAGGACAUAGACAAAAUCAUGGAGGAGCUCGGCAAAGAGUUCAAAGGCAACGCCUACCAUCUGAUGCACAAGAACUGCAACCACUUCUCCUCCUCGCUGUCCGAGUUGCUGUGCGGACGGGAGAUCCCUCGCUGGGUCAACAGACUGGCGUACUUCAGCUCCUGCAUCCCCUUCCUGCAGAGCUGCCUCCCCAAGGAGUGGUUGACCCCGGCGGCGCUGCAGAGCCACAUCAGCCUCCACAAAGAGGAGCAUAACGAGUCCAGCGACGAGGACCCUUCGUCCCCGUCCGGAGCCGCCGCCACCGGCUCCUCCCACGGCUGUCGCCACACGAGGGUGUGAACUGCCCAACACGCACGCUGACCUCCGGACCCGCUGCCACCUCUGCUCGUGGCUCAAAGUGGCGUUUGUGGGCUUGAACAACCAGCUGACCUCAUACUGUUUGUCCUCUGAGGGAGGAGAAGAAGAAGCUCCCACAGGAUGACUGACUUUACCCCGAAGUGUUGCUCAGACUCCACAACAACUAACGUGUAGAUCUGAAGCUUGUUAUUAUUCCUCUUUUUUCCAUGAACUUUUAAACCUUUGUCAGCCUUGUUCCCUGCCUUCAGAGCUGCUUUUGUAGAACAACUCGACACCUGAGACAGCUAACCUGCUCAACUUCAACAAGUUCUCGUUCAGAAACCUCAAUGUGGCCUUCAGUUGAUGUCUCUGCUGUCAGUGUGGGGGCUUAAGUCGUUCACUUUGGCCACUUUAGAGGGUUUCAAGAGGAUUUGAUUGUUCCUAGAGUUCAGUCUAAAAACGUUGCAUGUUGAAAGAAUUUGACAACUGAACUAACCGGCGUUGCCAGAGCGGCAAACGGCUCUUAAAAUGAUUGUAUUCUGAGGAAACCUAAAUCAUAACCCCGAAAACAAAUAGGCGUUAAUGUGUAAUCUGCCUACAGAUCUACCAACCGUUGUCUGGAGAGACAGAAGAAGAGAUGCGUAAACAUUUCACUCUGGAACUGAAUGAAAACGAGACGGCACAGACUAGACUCUCAAAAUGUUUAAAUUAUCGUACGUUAUGGCACUUUUUGCUAUUAUUGAUCGUACAGAGGGCAAGAUUAUCGUACGAUAAAUCUAUAACGUAAGUAUGAUCGUCAUGUCCAUAUAUAAAUUAAAAUGAGACGGCGCAGACUUCUAAUUGUAAACAUCGCAAAAUGUUUAAAUUAUCGUACGUUAUGGCACAUUUUCGCAUUAUUUAUCGUACAUCUGGCAACGCUGGACGCCACAUUUCUGAUCACAUCAUCAAGUAUUUCUUUUUCUUUUUUAAAACCAAUAAUGGAUCCUGGGACAGUUCAAACACUUGGCCGUUGAUUCAGCACGAUCUGCGAACAUCUCAGAGACACAAACACAAAGCAAGUCAAGCUGCUACACUGACUAUUAUUGACUUUGUGUCCAGUACAAUUUUUGUCUACGCUUUUAUAUCCAAAUGGUCUUUAUAUUAUAACUUCCAGGAGAGGAAAUGUACAUUCACGCCCUGAGCAUGUUCCUCGGUGACGCCGCUCGAGUUACAGUAACCCCAAACUCAAAGAUACAAAUGUUUCCUCUCACCUGUCGUGCUAUUUAUCAAUCUAGAUUAAAAGAGACGUUCAGCAAACUCUACAGCAAUGUCUCCUCCAGAUAAUCCACAGACCAGUUGGAACUAUUUUCUUUCAAAAGUCUUAAGAAUGUGAAGACAUGGGAAGUAGAACUUAAAUUACUUUCUGAGGCAUUAAAACAUUCUUAAGCUGCAGGAACCUUGUGCAGGACUUCUUUCUACCGAACUAACCCACCAACUAGUUAGCGUGAGCCUCUCGUUGGUGCUUGUAGUUCGGUAGAAAGAAAAUAGUUCCUCCAUGAAACUGCUCACAACACAGUCUGUGGAUUAUCUGGAGGAACCGGCUCAGAGACGUUUCUGUUGAGCCCCACAAGCCGAGCACCAUCUAACUCCAUCAUACGGAGAGAAGGCCGACAUCUCUACGGCUCAUAUCUCCAACACUCAGGAACUCACACCAAAACACUCUAGAUCUAUAAAUAGCUCUACAGGUGGGGGGGAACAUGUGGAUUUUGGAUUUUGGGGUGAACUGUCUCUUUAAAGCAAUAAGUUCCACAUUAUGGGAAAUAUACUUAUUCGCUUUCUUGCCGAGAGUUAGACGAGAAGAUCAAUACCACGUUCACGUCUGUAUGGGGAGUAUGAAGCUAAAGCCAGUCUUUAUGCUAAGCUAAGCUAAGACGCUUAGCUUAGCAUAAACAGGGGGAAGCUGCUCGCCUGGCUCUGUCCAGCACGCUGAGCGCUCACAGUGUAACACGUUGUGUUGUGUUUAGGGCUGCAUCAGUGAGUGAAAAGUCUUGUGUUGUCACUUUAAUUGGAUUUAAAACAGAGACAAGCAGCAGAUCUCCAUGUUUGAGGCUGAAAGCAGCAUUUAAAGACAUCGUUACACUUUGUUAAACCACAACAAAAAGUGUACAAAUCUUUGGACAGAGCCAGGCUAGCUGUUUCCAGUCUUUGUGCUAAGCUAAGCUAAGCUAAGCUAAGCUAAGCGGCUGCUACCUGAAGCUUCAUAUUUAUCCCACAGUGGAGAGUGGUAUCACACUUCCCAUCUAACGCUCAGCGUGCAAACAAGUAAGUUAAUCUCCCAAAGUGUCAAACUUAUUCCUUUAUGACCAUUUUAUGUUUCAACUCAUGAAAUCAAAGCAUUUUAAUGAGUUAAACUUUGUAAGAAGUUACUUCUGAGGUGUCGUGAGACGUUCAGAUACUCAUAAAGAGAAAACAUGAUGUCAUGAAGUUACUUGUAAUCUGUGGUUUUAUCAUACAUGCAGGUUAACGAGCGUGACGAUGAUGCCGAUGAAACAUCCUCCUGGUCGUGUUACUCAUUUUAUUUCACCUUGCUUCCUCUUUUGUAAAUGCAAAAGCUCAGAGAAGCAGGUCACACGUGAGUUUCAUCUUGUCCCUCUCAGGAAGGAAAUUCUUCUUGUUCUUAAAUAAGCUUUUAUUUAUUUGAUGUCUUUUCUCAUUUCAUCCAUGCUCGAAAGUGUUGGGCACUUCGUCCAGAGCGGAGCAGGCAGGUAUUCUUUUCUAUCGUUCUGUAUCAACCAUAACCUUUUAUUUACUUUUCCUAACCCAAGACAAUUUCAAGAAUGAUGAUAUAGUACUAGAAUAAAGAAACAGAAUAACAAA